CACCCUUUCCUAACCUCCUUCCCCCAAUUCUUUCCCCUGGCUCAUGGCCUCCGCUUCUUCCCCAUGCCGUCGCCUCCUUCCCACUUCCUCCGCCCCCUCCCUUGGCCCCCGCGCUGCCCUUGUACCCGCCUUGCCGCAGCCCGAUCUCGCCUUUUCUACCCUCUCGGUCCCUGCCAUGCCCGACGAUCCGCCUGCCGCGCCGUCCCCCGCUGCUGGCGGAUCCUCGUCCCCGCCGGACAACCCUCGUCCCCCUCCUGCCCUCACUGAAUCCUCUCCCCGAAAGACCCGCUUACCCCGCGCCUGUACCUCCCGCAUCCCCGCCGCCGCUGCUCGCCCACCGCAGCCUGAGCGCCGCCUCACGCGCCGGGAGAAGGAAGAGCAGCAGCGAGCCGGGAGGGUGAUCACGCCGCUCGUCGAGCCGCCUUCUCCUCCUCAACUUCCCCUCCGGGAACUCCGGUCUAUGUGGGAGCUCGCCUCCAUCCUCAACUUCCUCCAUGUUUUUAGACCUCUGCUGAACAUUGUUGCGGAGUUCUCUGCAGAAGAGCUUGAGACGGCGCUUUUGACACCCAACAACACGCUGGAUGACGUGCACAUACCUCUGCUAAAGGCAAUUCCUCCAGUAACUCGCAUGGCUCUAGGGCGUGCAACUUGGGUGACCGUGCUCUGUCGAAAGUUAAGAGAUUGGUGGUACUGGGUUGCUGAUGGUGAGGUCCCAAUUGUUGCAUCUCAUGGGUCAGAGAUUGAGAAAUAUAAAACUCUUGAGCCCAGCACAAGAGUGCUGAUUCUGAAAGCACUUUGUGACAUACGUGUGGAGCAAGAAGACAUUCGGAAUUUUAUUGAUAAUUCUUUGAAACAUGGUAUCCAACUUUCAGUUUUUCGCAAAGAAAGGAUUGGCGGUGAUUCACAUGGGAUUUCCUAUUGGUAUGAGGAUGAUCCUAGUGUUGGUCACAGAUUAUACCGUGAAAUUAGACGAAUUGAGACGAAAAACACCAGGGCAAAAGGAUCAUCAUCUACUCCCUCUAUAUGUUUGCAGUGGGAAACUGUUGCAACUAACUUAAGUGAAUUUCAAGAAGUUUCUGAGAAACUGUUUUCAAGUAAAAACAGAACAGAGACCUCUCUCGGGAAGAAACUAAAAAUUGACUGUCUGCCAGAGAUUGAGAAAAUUCAUAAAAAAAAAGAUAGGUUGUGGAAAAAGCAACACAGAGAAGCGCUCCUCCUUGAUAGCUUUUUGACUGCAGAUGGGAUUUCAUCAGGUCGCUCCCUUCGAGAUAGAAAACCUGUCACAUAUACAUUUGAUGAUUAUGACCGCUCAAUCAGUGAAGCUAUCAAAAUAACCAAGAAAAGACAAAGCUCACCAGAAAACAUUGUCAGAAAAGCUGUUGCUGGGAGGCCUGAGUUAUAUGCAAAUGGUGAUUGGAAUGGACCUUCACAAAUAGAUCCAGCUGACAAUGACGAUGCACAGACGCCACGAUCAAUUGACAAUGAAGAAACUGACAUUGACAGGCAGGAUGAGACUCUGGACCGCAGUAAUAGGCGAAGAAAAAGACCUCAACGAUAUUCAGAGAAAGAUUUUGUGGAUACUGUUUCAGAUAUUGAUGCAGAUUAUGGCAGUGAUGAUGACAUAGUAGGAGAAGCAGUGUACGAUGAUGAAUAUUUGAGAAAAAUAAAAAAGAGAAAGAUGUCCAGUGGUUCAGAGGAGGAUGAGGAGUACCGAUGGGAGGAGGAAAAUGCGGAAGAUGAGGAAGAAGAGGAAUAUUCUCUCAGUGCUAGUGAAGAUAAUGAAGAGAAACAGCAUAAUAAGAAGUUUCUAACUCGAACUAGGCGAGAAAAGAAGUUGAGAUUAGUCGAUGAACUGCAGACAGGCCUAAGACGAAGCAAGAGAGCGAUGCGAUCACGUAUAAAUUACCGACAAUAUGAGCAAUCUGAUACAGAUACAGAUUCAGCCAGGCCAGACAAGUCAAAUGCAACAGCUGAAAAUUCUGCUGCAUCGGGUGAUCAAGAACUUUCAACAGCAAGUCAAGAUUCCGAGGGAGGAGGCACUAAAGAAAUGGCAGAUAGAGAAAUGGCCGUGGAUCAUAUCAAUCAUGGACACAAUGAACAGCAACUAGCAGUAGAAAAGACAAAUGACAAUAGGCAGGAGGAGAAUGGUGUCCAAAGUAUAAGGUUUCUAGACCUUAAUGAACUAGCCCCAGGGACUGGUUUCGAUGAUGGCCCUAGCACCAAAGACGAGGAAGGGCACAACUCCUAGACAUGAUGUUGAACUGCUUGAUUGUCUUUGACUUGGCCAGCUCAAAAAUUUUUGUUAAAGUAUCGGCGUGUGAUUGUUGAUUCAUACGAGAAAAAAAGAAUGGCAGUUAAGAUCAGACACAGCUCGCUUUCGAUGCUCAGCCUCGUCGAAGAGUUGCCAACUGUAUUAGUUGAUAGAAAUUUAUGAGGAAGAAAUUCAUUGGACCCUGUUCGACAUGUUUCGUGUACAAUACACGUUAGCAGAUGAGCUCCCGAUUGUUGAUUUAAUUGUUGCUUCUUUGCCAUGUAGAGGCAAGAAUGUUAUAAACCUUAGUUUAGAGGAUAUAUUCCACGUAGCAUUUUUAGUGAGAAAACAGUCCUAUUGCGACUAGAUCUCAACAUGGUUCGUACAAUUGAGUAAUGUUCUCAUGUCUUUAUUCUGCAGCCUCUUGAGCAAUGAGCAAAUGUUGAUUAUACUGUUUA